GCCAACGCAGUGUUGUGUUUGUGUUAGUUCAGCCGUGUGAAACAAACAAAUAGCCUACAGUCAGUCUUCGUUGUUUGUUUUGCAGUUUAUUUGAUAAAGUUACCCAACUGGACAACUGUUAUCAUGGCACAGAACAAGAGAAAGCCCUUCGCUCAGUGUGACUCUCCAUCAACAUCCACAACCGACGCACCAAGAAAUGAGAGAAGUGCUGAUGGCGACAUUCUGAGCCGGUUUAAAGUCGGCAGAAUGCUUGGUGAGGGAGGAUUCGGCAAGGUUUAUGAAGGGAAGCGCUUGGAGGAUGAUCUUGAGGUGGCAGUGAAAUUUGUCAAAAAGUCAAAGAGCAUGGAAUACGUCAGAAUUCCUGGUCAUCCUACACCAGUCCCAUUAGAGGUCGGCAUGUUAAAAUAUGUUAAUAGGGACCCCAAAGUUAAAGAGAUCAUUGAACUGCUGGACUGGCAGGACCAUCCUGACGGAUAUAUCAUGGUCUUGGAGCGUCCCCCACACUGCGAAGAUGUGUCUCAUUUUUGGGAUAAUCGCAAACGCAAACUCUGUGAGGAAACGGCACGGACUAUCAUGGCGCAGGCAACAACGGCUGCUCAGACGUGCUGUGACCGAAGAGUUUUCCACAGCGACAUCAAGUUACAAAACCUGCUGAUCAACAAAAAAACACUUGAGGUCAAACUGAUUGACUUCGGGUGCGGGAGAUUCCUGGAAGAGUCCGCCUAUUACGACUUCUGUGGCACAAGAAUGUACUGUCCUCCUGAGUUCCACACAAGGGGCAAGUAUCACGCUAAACCAGCUACUGUGUGGUCUCUGGGAGUGCUCUUAUUCGUAAUGUUGGUUGGACGCUAUCCAGAACCCGAAGACCAUCUGAGGAUUAAGGAUAACACCUGGUCUAUGUUUCACUUGUCAAAAGAUUGCCGCGACCUGAUUCGACGCCUCCUGCAGGAAAACCCAAGUGAGCGGAUUGGUUUGGAGGAAAUCAUUUCCCAUAAAUGGUUUAAGGUGUGCGACUCCCCCUCAACAUCCAGAACCAACGCGGCUACUGCACCGAGAAAUGAGAAAAGUGCUGAAGACGACAUUCUGAGCCGGUUUAAAAUCGGCGAAAUGCUUCGUUUUGGAGAAUUUGGCAAGGUUUAUGAAGGGAAGCGCUUGGAGGAUGAUCUUGAGGUGGCAGUGAAAAUUGUCAAAAAGUCAAAGAACAUGGAAUACAUCAAAAUUCCUGGUCAUCCUACACCCGUCCCAUUAGAGGUCGGCCUGUUAAAAUAUGUUAAUAGGGACCCCAAAGUUAAAGAGAUCAUUGAACUGCUGGACUGGCAGGACCAGCCUGACCAAUAUAUCAUGGUCUUGGAGCGUCCCCCAGACUGCGAAGAUGUGUUCGUUUUUUGGGAUAAUCGCAAACGCAAACUCUGUGAGGAAACGGCACGGACUAUCAUGGCACAGGCAACAACGGCUGCUCAGACGUGCUGUGACCGAGGAGUUUUCCACGGCAACAUCAAGUUACAAAACCUGCUGAUCAACAAAAAAACACGUGAGGUCAAACUGAUUGACUUCAGGUGCGGGAGAUUCCUGAAAGAGUCCGCCUAUGAUGACUUCUGUGGCACAAGAAGGUACUGUCCACCUGAGUUCGACAGAUUGCAAACGUACCACGGUAAACCAGCUACUGUGUGGUCUCUGGGAAUGCUCUUAUUCCAGAUGGUGUGUGGACGCUUACCAGAACCCAAAGACCAUCUGAGGAUUAAGGAUAACACCUGGUCUAUGAUUUACUUGUCCAAUGAUUGCCGCGACCUGAUUCGACGCCUCCUGCGGGAAAACCCAAGUGAGCGGAUUGAUUUGGAGGAAAUCAUUUCCCAUAAAUGGUUUAAGUUGCUGUCAAAACUCAAAUUUAAUGGAGAAGAUCAAAACAUGGACAUACAUGGCUGCUACGGGACUGAAUGUGACCCCUGGACCGGAUUACGCACAGGUACUCUGUUUCUCUGUCCAGGUCGUAUCCAGAUUGAGUCGACGCGGCUGAAAAGCAUCAACCAUUUGAGGAAAAAUGAGAUGCCGAUGAGAAAGAGGACAAGGACGGGAAGUUUUGUGAAGCUGCCGUCUCUUCAUUAUCACAGCUCAGACCAGACCACUGCACCGAUAAAUGAGAGAAGUGCUGAGGGUUUUCCCGCAGCCUGCCGGAUCCAGGCCGUAUCCAGAUCUGGCGAUGACCUUAGCCUGGACACGAUGACAAUGCAGUGCUAAAGUGCCAACUAGCCUCUCCCUAUGGAGGAUCCCUUUCCCACUCUACAGAUUAAGCGAUGUGAAUUCGUUUCGCGUCCCUACCCUGAAGUGAUUCGAAAAUCUGUAUCAAAUUUAUAGACAAGAAGUUUGUUCAGGCAUGAGGGAAUUUAAAAACCUGCGCGCAUAUAUUCAAACGCACAUAACUAUUGAAUCAAUUCUUAAUGCGCAUGUGAACGUCAUCAGCAGGGCUGUUACUACCAAUUUAUCACAGGUUCACGUUUAAAGUCAUUCAUAUAAAUUUUCACGUGACAGUUGCUGUAAAUUCGGCCUCUAGUUCAUAAACGCCAGAGGAGAACUGGCCCCCGACUGAGCCUGGGUUCUCCCAAGGUUUUUUUUCCCUCCAUCGGGUCACCUGAUGGAGUUUUUCAGUUCCUUGCCACUGUCGCCUUUGGCUUGCUCAGUUGGGGAUAUUCAAAUCAAUUAUGCUACAGGGCUGUUGAAUCCUUGAUUCUGAUUGGUUGAGAACAUUCAAUAGGUGUGCAAUUAUUUUGACGGCUAAAGUAGUUUCAGGCAAGUUUGAACCGCAUUACAGUUCCAUAUCACUGCGCGUAGUUAACGGAAAAUAGGAUACAAUAUAACAAGAGAAGACAUGCAGCCCCAUGCGCUUGAUCUGCAAUUUUCGAUGUCUAACUUCACAAUCAAUUGACGCAUAGUUUAAUUUUAAUAAAUAAAGUAUAGUCCUAUCUAUAAUAGGCUAAAUAGAAAAUUAAACUGAAUAGGCUAUAUAAAUAAAUUAAUAGUCCUGCUGCACGGAUUUUCGUAAAUAUUCCAGAUAAUAUAACAAAUAAAUAAUUAUUGAUUGGCCUACUUGUAAAAAAGUGCUUUGUGUGUUUCAUUUAUUGGGUUAUCUACUGUCAAUUAUAGAAAACAAUAAUUAAUGAAUUCAUUAAAAUGAAGUUAAUAAAUAAAUAAUAAUAUUGACGCA